AUGCGAAUAGACGCAUCUGAAAUGCGAAUAGACGCAUCUGAAAUGCGAAUAGACGCAUCUGAAAUGCGACUGGACGCAUCUAAAAUGCGAAUAGACGCAUCUAAAAUGCGAAUAGACGCAUCUGAAAUGCGAAUAGACGCAUCUGAAAUGCGAAUAGACGCAUCUGAAAUGCGAAUAGACGCAUCUGAAAUGCGAAUAGACGCAUCUGAAAUCGUAAUUACGCAUUCUCUGCUAUCGUAG